AUGCCCGCCCUCCUCGUCCUCCUGCUGCUCCUCGGCUGCCGCGCCGCCGCUGAGGACGACGGCUCCCUGCUCCGGCCGGGCCCGGGCCGGCAGAGCGCGGCCGCCGCGCCCCCCACGCCCGCGCCGCGCGGCGCCGAGCACAACGCGUCCCGCCCGGCCGCGCUGCCCAAGGGCGCGGGGGCUGCCGGCGGGCGGGCCCGCUCCGCCUCGCCCCCCAUGUGCACGGGGCAGACGGAGAUCAAGGAGACUUUCAAGUACAUCAACACGGUCGUGUCCUGCCUGGUCUUCGUCCUGGGCAUCAUCGGCAACUCCACGCUGCUGCGGAUCAUCUACAAGAACAAGUGCAUGAGGAACGGCCCCAACAUUCUCAUCGCCAGCUUGGCCUUGGGCGACCUGCUCCACAUCAUCAUCGACAUCCCCAUCAAUGUCUACAAGCUACUUGCAGAGGACUGGCCCUUUGGUGUCGAAAUGUGCAAAUUAGUGCCCUUCAUUCAAAAGGCGUCGGUGGGCAUCACCGUGCUGAGUUUGUGUGCCCUCAGUAUAGACAGGUACCGAGCAGUCGCUUCUUGGAGUCGCAUUAAAGGAAUUGGAGUGCCGAAGUGGACUGCUGUGGAAAUUGUCCUGAUCUGGGUCAUAUCAGUGAUACUGGCUGUUCCAGAAGCUAUUGCAUUUGACAUGAUUACGAUGGAGUACAGAGGAAGAUAUCUUAGAAUCUGCUUGCUUCACCCCACGCAGAAAACGUCCUUUAUGAUGUUCUACAAGCAAGCUAAAGACUGGUGGCUGUUCAGCUUUUACUUCUGUUUGCCACUGGCUAUCACAGCAUUUUUCUAUACUCUCAUGACUUGUGAGAUGUUACGAAAGAAAAGUGGGAUGCAGAUUGCUUUAAAUGACCACUUAAAACAGAGACGUGAAGUGGCCAAAACUGUGUUCUGUCUGGUACUUGUUUUUGCCUUGUGUUGGCUCCCACUUCACUUAAGCAGAAUCUUGAAACUCACUAUUUAUGAUCAGAAGGACCCCAACAGAUGUGAACUUUUAAGCUUUUUUCUUGUGAUGGACUACAUCGGUAUUAACAUGGCUUCACUGAACUCCUGCAUCAAUCCAAUAGCUCUGUAUUUGGUGAGCAAAAGAUUCCAAAACUGCUUUAAGUCAUGCUUGUGUUGCUGGUGCCAAUCCAAAGAUCUGUUGUCCCUGGAGGAAAGGCAGUCCUGUUUAAAGUUCAAAGCUAAUGAUCACGGAUAUGAUAAUUUCCGCUCCAGUAACAAGUACAGCUCUUCAUAAAAGAAGCAUAAAAGGUAUAUUCUCGUCCAUUAAUGCUGGUGCCUUUUUAAGUAAAAGUGGCAAUUUUUUUAACAAGAUGGUAACAUCCAGAAAAUCUAGUUUUCUAUUUGCACAAAAAAAAAGAACAUUGAAAAAAAUUGCCCUAAAACUGUGUCACAUUGAAAAUCAUGGACAUUUAUGAAAUCAUCAUUUAUGGAACAUGAAGAAAAGCAUAGAAAGAACAAGUCUUUGUUAGCACUUGAAUACUUCUGAGUCAGCACUUCCAAAUGAUCCCUACUUCCUGUACAUUAAACGAUCGUUUGUAUUCUCUGUAACAGUUGUAGGAACUGAAGUCACAGUAAUUAUUAAACAGCAUAAUAUCAAGUUAAUUGGAUCAAAGCCAUUAUUAUAUAUAACUCAAUGUAUUAAUCUUUUAUAAAACAAAUUAACCACCAUCACUAUUGUUUUUUUUUAAAUAAAACAUGAAAUACUUUGUAAUAGAAGUCUAAAUGUUAAAAAGUAGAAUUUUUAUCAGGUGUAUUACAGAGGUAGCUACUGAAAAUAUUAAAGGAUGCAGUAAAGCCAAAAGUGCAUUUUACUUUGAUGAUUGUUUUUGUCUGUUGUCAGAAGGAACCUCCUGAGGGCUCUAUAAAUUACUUUCUGUAGCCACUGUGCAUCUUCAGUGCAUUUGCCAGCACUUUGGGUAUGAGUAUUUGUGUUUACUGAUAGCAAAGGAGAGAAAAACACACCAAAAGCAAAAAAUUAAUACUAGAAGAAACAUACAGAAAACAGCUAUUAUUUUGGCGUCUUUUAGUUGAAAACAAAUGAAUUGUAUCCUGUGUAAAAAGUGGGCAGUCCAGAGCCUGCUGGUUCUUUACUGGAGAUACUUUUGGGACAAUUUACAACUGUUUUUGCAAUCCAAAUACUGCCUUGGGGCAGCAUUUUUUAGAAAUAGUGGGUGGGAAAAAAUGUAACCAAGGUAAAAAGAGAGAAUUUGAACUUCUACCUUCAUUUAGAUUUAAGUCUUCAUAAAGAAAACAAUUAAUGAACUGUACUUCUAGAGAGCAGUGCUAUGUAGCAUAGUCAUCUUCAUACUGUUUUGAAAUAUAUUCUACUUCUGUAGUUCUAUAUUUAUGGGUGUAAGAAGAUGUGUGAUUCGUUUCUGCUUCUGUAAAUAGUUUAGUGAAAUGUAAUUAAUUGUAAAGUAUUAAGAUAUGGGCAGGACCCUGCAAGAACAGAAGAAGAUAAAGAUGCCUGGAGUAAACAUGAUGUGUGUUGCCAGGAGCAAUGCAUAUUCUGUAUAUACAUGACAGGUCAUUCUUUGACUUUUCAUUUCCUAUUAAUUUGUUACAGAUGUCCCCAAAGACUUAUUAACAUAUUUCAUGCACUAAGGCAUGAAUUUUUCAAGAAAAAUUGUCGUAUAACCUGCUUUUAUAAAAGACGUGUUUUCAAUAGGCUUGGUAUUUUAUUAUAAUAAAAUUAUUUAUCAAAACUCA